UGAUGCAUAAAGUAGUCGUCUGCCCCCCUAAACAACUGCAUUUCUCAGGCACAAUGCACACUCUGCAACUGCUUCUGCUCUUCCUAGCAAUGAUUUGUCUCCAACAAAAUGCAAAGGGGAGUGAAAUCAUAAAAGGUAAAAAAGCCAAGAAGAGUUCAAUGCUGUAUAUGGCAUCAGUGCAAGACAGGAUAAGACACGUAUGUGGAGGAUUCCUUGUCAGUGAAGACUUUGUAUUGACUGCUGCACACUGUGAUGAUUGGAAACCUAGAAAUGUUGUUCUGGGCACCCACAAUCUCAAGAAAGCUGAGAAGACCAUGAUAUAUCAAAUAAAAAAGAAGUGCAAGCACCCUUCUUACAAGAAUGUUAAAUCUGGAAAUGAUAUCAUGCUUCUCAAAGUAACACUGGGAAGUGAAAUCAUAAAUGGCAAAAAGGCUGAGGAAAAGUUCAUGCAGUAUAUGGCAUCAGUACAAGACAACAAAAUACACACAUGUGGAGGAUUCCUUGUCAGUGAAGACUUUGUAAUGACUGCUGCGCAUUGUGCUCUUAAAUCCUUAAGUGUUGUUCUGGGCACCCAUGACCUCAAGAAGGCAAAUAAGAAAAUGAGAUAUGGAGUAAAAAUGAUGUGCAAACACCCUGCCUUCAAGGAAGUUGCAAAUGGGAAUGACAUCAUGCUCCUCAAACUGUCUAAGAAAGUUUCCCUGGGUGACAAAAAACCAAUUAAGCUAAUUCCACUUCCAAUUCAAAAACUAAACCUGAAGGAAAACAAGAUCUGCAGUGUAGCUGGAUGGGGGCCCACAGAACCUCGUAAACAUCGAUCUGGUUAUGUGAAUGAGCUGCAAGUGCUAAAUGUUCCCAUCAUUAACAAGGACGAGUGUCAGAAGGUGUGGGGACAAAUUCCCAAAAAUGUUAUUUGCGCCGGUGGAUACAAAGCGAAGAGUGGAAUCUGUCAGGGUGAUUCUGGUGGGCCUCUCGUAUGUAACAAGUUGGCUGUUGGCAUUGUUUCCUUUAACAACGGCAAUGGCUGUAAAUAUCCAGAUGUCCCAAACGUCUAUACAGACAUAUCACAAUUUCUUCCUUGGAUCACAGAUAUUCUCAAGAAAAAAAAAUGCAAAGGGUAAAAAAUAUUUUCCAUGUUAUUGCGGGUGUAUUGUAAGACUGUUAGGCAAGUGAUAUGUGAGCUGUGUAAACUGCUUAAAUUCUGCAAUAUCUAACAUUAAAAGGCCUUUUUUAAAAAACUG